AUUAUCAUUUAUAGUUCAAAUCUAAUUUAGGUAUUUUUUGUGUUCUGUGUCCCAUUUAUGUUAAAAAUCUGGUUUUAUGACGUAUUAGAAUCCACGUAUUUCCAUGUAAAACCAAAUCGGGUGAAACUAGUUUGCGUUUCAUUUUUGUUGAAUUUCAAAUAAUUGCGAAUGAAACUGAACGUGAAUAAAAACGGAUAUGCAAUUGAAUGUAUUGUAAAUCACUACAGUUGCAUAUUAAGCCGGGAAAAUUAUAAAACUUAUAUAAACUGACCCAUCUGACAUUAAAUAACCUACACUGAUCUGUCUGGAUAGAUUCGUACAUAACAGGUAAAAUGCAAAACAACACAAUUCACAAAUCCAAUUUUAAAGAGCGGAGACCUGCGGUUUGCAGCAUCCAGCACCCAGCAUCCAUGGCUUGACUUCGCAUCCGGCUCCUCCAUCCAUCUAUCUAUCCGUCCAUCGCGCAGCUCUUCGGCGCUUCUCUGAUCUCCAUCGGCACGUCGGGUCGAUGUGAUCCUGCCCAGACGUCGCUUCGCCCCCUUUAUUCCGAUGGAGCACAUUAGGACACCGAAGGUGGAGAAUGUCAGCCUGAUUGACAGGGCGUCCGGGCGCAAGCCGUGUGUGGGGACACUCUACCUGACGGCCACCCACUCCAUUUUUGUGGAGCAUGAGGCAGAGCGGCACAGAGAAACUUGGGUUCUGCACAGCUUGGUGUCUGCUGUGGAGAAGGUACCCGCUACGCCGGCGGGCUGCCCGCUCCUCCUCCGCUGCAAGAACUUCCAGGUGAUCCAGUUUGUCAUCCCCCAAGAGCGGGACUGCCAGGACGUCCACACCCUGCUGACACGCCUCUCGCGACCGGAGAGAUACACCGAACUCUACUGCUUCUCCUUCAACCCCAACCUGGAUGCAGAGGCUAGAGAAGAAUCCUGGAACUUCAUCGACCUCAAAGCGGAGUUCGUCCGCAUGGGGCUUCCCAACAGCCUGUGGCAGAUGAGCACAGCCAACCGGGACUACCGGGUGUGCGACACCUACCCCAGCGAGCUGUACGUCCCCAAGUCGGCUGCACUCCCUGUUGUGCUCGGCAGUGCCAGGUUCCGCAGCAGGGGACGCUUACCUUCUCUGACGUACUACCACCGAGACAACAGCGCCGCCAUCUGCCGCAGCAGCCAGCCGCUCUCAGGCUUCAGCGCUCGCUGCCUGGAGGAUGAGCAGAUGCUACAGGCUAUCAGCAGCUCCAAUCCCGGCAGCCCCUUCAUGUAUGUGGUGGACACCCGGCCUAAGCUGAACGCCAUGGCGAACCGGGCUGCAGGAAAGGGCUACGAGAGUGAGGAUAAUUACGCCAAUAUAAAGUUUCACUUCCUCAGCAUCGAGAACAUCCACGUCAUGCGGAGCAGCCAGCAGAAGAUGCUGGAAGUGUGCGAGCAGAAGUCGCCCUCGAUGGCGGAGUUCCUCUGGGGCUUGGAGAGCUCGGGCUGGCUGAAGCACAUCAAAGGAAUCCUGGAUGCUGGCGUCUUCAUCGCCAAGGCGGUAGCAGAAGAGGGCGCCAGCGUGCUGGUCCACUGCUCGGACGGCUGGGACCGGACCGCCCAGGCCUGCUCUGUGGCCAGCGUGCUUCUGGACCCCUACUACCGGACCCUGAAGGGCCUCAUGGUUCUCAUCGAGCGGGAUUGGGUGUCGUUCGGGCACAAGUUUUCCCACAGGUACAGCCACGUGGACGGUGACCCCCGUGAGGUCUCCCCGGUGAUGGACCAGUUCCUGGAGUGUGUCUGGCAGCUCUCGCUGCAGUUCCCCUGUGCCUUCGAGUACAACGAGCGUUUCCUGCUGCACCUCCACGACCAGGUCUACUCCUGCCAGUACGGCAAUUUCCUGGGCAACUGCCAGAAGGAGCGUGUGGACCUCCGACUCAGGGAAAAGACCCACUCAGUAUGGUGGCAUCUCUGGAAGAAGCGGGCGGACUACACCAACCCUCUGUACAGGCCGGACCACAGCCAGACGCAGGGCGUACUGCGGCCCACCACUGCCCCCUACUGCUUCAAGUUCUGGAGGGCCAUGUACUGCCGCUCAGACCCAGGGAGGCAGCGCCCUCCCCCCUCGGUGACGGACGUCCUGACCGCUGUCAGGGAGGAGUCCCAGCAGCUGGAGGCGGAGCUGAGCGCCCAGCAGGAGAAAAUAGCCAAUCUGAACAAGAUCCUGGCGAGGAAGGCGGGGCCCAUGAUGAAGACAGCGGAUGAGCGUGGCGUGGCAUCCGCCCCCCCCCGCCGCACACAGAUUUGUCUCCGGGGGGAGUCGGAGAGCCCCCUCAAGCGCUCUGACCCCGACCUCUCGGCCAGCAGCGACCAGGAGUCUGGUGUGACCGACUUGAGCUGUCUGUCGCCCAGCAGCGGGGAGGAGAGCGCCAAGGACCCUGAUUCGGACGAGGCCGCCUACUCCACUGCCUGAGCGGGCUGGCCGGCAGAGGCCAUAUGAUGCGGGCGCUGCGGGUGAGCCGCCAUACCACACUGCAAUGUCAUCGAAAGCGCCAUCCUCCUGUCGGCACCCCCUCACCACCCAGCAGGGGGCGCCAGUGUAAAUAGCGGCAUCCUACAGCACCACUUCACAUACCUCAGUGCAUGCUGCCUGUCUCUAUAACAAUGAAGAAGCCCCGCCCCUUCCUAAGGCAAGAGUGUGGUCUCCUGCAGCCUCUCAGUGCCAAUGAAGAGGCAGGUAACUGGGCUGACAGUGUGGGGCAGCCUGCGCUU